UUCCUUCAGCGAUUUUAGCAGAUUACUUAACCUGGUCAGCAGUUUGGUAGUUUAGUUCCGUCGUUGUUUUUAUCAGAAAUAGUGGUGAUAAAAAUCUUUGUUGCCUCACAAAAGUUUUAGCUCCGGCUCACUGCUUUGUCCGGCAGUAUGCGCGCCACUGUGACAUUGUUGAAGAAAUCGCGCCUGCCGCAGAUCGAAAAACGGGUUCCGUUCCAGGAAAUCUUGCCCCUAAAGUUGAAAAAUCAGGUCAGCGGCAAAACGGACAAAGGCAGUGAUGUGGCAUGUCUGCAGGAGAUGACCGUGAUGUUUUCCUGCCUGAAGGCAAACGAGUUCGACGAGAGCCUCUGCUCGAAAGAGGUGACCAAUUUCAAGAGAUGCUACAAGGUAUUCAUCGACACGAAGGCCACUAAGAAGGAAACCUCCGCUAAAGGGACCCUAGUGCCCGGUAAGGAUCUUAACUAUAAGCAACUUAAUAAGGUCUUGAGGCAGUAUCCCAGUUAGUGCGAAGGUUGUUCGGAUUUAGUGAAAAUGGUAAUGUAAAAUAC